UGAAGGAGCAGAGGUCUUCGCAUCAACGAGUACAUCUCCCUUGCCAGUGCCAGCGCCAGCGCCAGCAAGACAAGAUGAACUCAGCAGGCUUCCUCAAAAGAAACACGACAGCAGACCGGAGUCACGCUCAAGAAGUCUGCGUCGACACAGAUCAAGGAGUCCUGACGGCCGCCACAGAAGCAAGCGUGAACGGGACAGAGACAGAGACAGGGAAGAUGACAGACGGUCUCGUCAUCAUUCAAACAGACAUCGUCAUGGUAGCAGCCGUAGAAGCUGACUCUACUUGUAUAAAUGGUCCAUAUCAUGCCUGUGACUGCCUCAAAUGCGACUUCCAGGACAUCCAUCGUCAUCCAGCAAGACAACAGCACAAAACAAACUAGUCGCGUAUGGCCUGUCGGCAGCAGGCAUUGGUGCGGCUCGCUGCGCUGGCGGCCGAUGGCAGGCAUGGCAACGUACAAAAGGAACGUAUAGCGGACUACUACCACAAAGCGCGCGGACCACAGUCAGCUGCCGAAUCCUCACGAAGGCUUACUCGACGCGAACUCGCGGCCUUUCAAGGCUAUGCCGCGUCGUGCGUGCAAAGUACGUCUCCAGGGAUUGCAGUAUCUUUGAUAAGAGACUACGAGGACAUUGUCGGCAGAUGGCCACGCAUGCAAGAAGCUAGCGACAAGGGCAUGCACUCGAGUCUUGAGCUGCAACAGUUUGCGCAUACGACGGCGAUCUCGUUGUUGCGGCUUUCUGAGACUCACCCUGAUGAAUCGCAGGCAGUCAAAGACCUUCUUCUUAAGAUGACGCGCAAGGCACAAGCUGAUGAAUUGGUCUCUCUAGCAACGCUUGCUGGUUUUCUCUCUGCCGUCAAGGAGUUUCCGCUGGUCAUCCUCUACAGCGACUUUGUCGUCUUGGUGGAGACCUUCAACACAAUCUUGCCAAAGCUUCACAAGAUAUCUUCGCGUGGCUCGGCUGCGUCCCUCACUGACUUACCAGACACAAGUCGAAUUGGAGCAUACCCUUUUGAGAUUCAGCAUGCUGUCAUUACGUUUGUGCUGGCCUGGACCAAGUCGGCUGUUCUCAAUGGACUCGAUUGUCAGGAUCUCUGGACAACGCUUGGCGACCCAGGCGUCCCACUUGGCAAGGACCGACUUCCGGAUCCUCUAGUCUGGCAGACUGUCGUUGCGCAUGUCAAGAUUCAAUACGACUUGACCAACUCCACCGUCUUAUCUCGUUUCUCGGAAGCAGUUCUCGGUCGGGCUCUCAAGGUGUAUUGCCUUGCUGCGGUGUCACUUGGUCAAUUCGACGAAAUCCUUUUGUCUUGGCUGCACAAUCUGGUCAUGGAUGCGCAAGAGCUUGAUGAUCCAGUGCUUGGGCCGGCUGUCGUCAAUGUCAUGUCCAUUCUUGCUGUGCGUUUUCCCGAACAUGCAACAGUCUUCAUCAACCACUUGAAAUCUGUUGUACAGUAUGCACCAAGGGUCACUACCGGCGAACACCUGUCUGUAUUAUCGGCAAAACGUCUCUUGGCAGUGCUGCAGUACUACUCAAACGAUGCAAUCAUCUCAACCAUGUAUCACUUUGCGAACCUUUUCGCACCAGCAGGGGUAGAUUCAGUGCGACUCCAAGCAGGUAGCUACAAUGAGAGUAUUUCCAGCAGGGCAACGCGCUCGUUGCCGACGGACGACACUGCUCGCAAUGCAGUCGAAGCAGUCUCCACUUUUGCCACCGCUUGCGAAGACGAACAGAUUGGAGCCCUUGGCAUCUCCAUCUUGCUACAAAAGUUUACGCGUGUAUCGAGUCUGCUACAGCGCAAAAUUGUGGUCGAGCUGGCCGUCAUGGCAAGGCAAAGCGGUGAAAAGGACGUUCUUCGCGUUGUAGCUCUUUACAGCGCAGUCGAGAAAGCUGCGCCGGAUGAACUUAUCACAAACGCUAUCAAAGAAGCUCGCUUCAGUAUCGGUGGCCAGCUUGAUGCCGAGCACCCAGCCUACCUACCGUAUCUUGGUACUCUGCUUCGCGCGACCAUUAUCAGAACAGCAGAAAAGAAGCGACCACCAUUGGAUGCCCUCAUCGAGCCUUUGGCUGUGCUGCUCGAUAAAGAUUCCCGUCCAGCCUAUUCGCCUGACCUUGUCCAGCUGUUUCAUAACUUUUGGUUUCAUCUCGUGAUUUACGGCUACACGCUUGGCAGUACUCGAGUCACUCAGCAGCAAAGCAAUCUGAGGCGUAUUGCCCACGCUUCUCCUUCACUAGCGCUUGAAACGCUGACAGACGCUCUAGAGGCUGAUCUCGACUCAUAUCCUGUCUUACGCCAAGAGCACGAUCAUGCUGAUACCAAAGUCUUGCAAGCGGCUCUUGAUGCAUUCUUGUCAGUACAGGGCUCUCUAGUCCGCCGUCUUAGCUUUAGCAAAGCAGUCUACCUCAAUGCUAUUGCCUUGCUCGAAAAUUUGAGGAGCAGCAGUGGCGUAGCUGCUGGUAGUCUUGCCUAUUACGAAGAGGCAACACUUCGCAACAGCGAUGUGAGUACGCUUGUCGAUGCCAUUCACUACGAAAAUACCAGACGCUUUCUUGCAGCCAUACACAAGCUCGGCGAACCGAUGCGACUGGAUGUGCAGCUCAGAGACUUGAUAGUCGGUGCUUGUCAUCGCGUCAAGGCGGUCAGAGACCAAGCCAUAUUGACCAUCAACCAGAUUGUCGAGCAUGUUCCUUCAGCCUUCUGCAACCAGUUGGUCAUUACGACCCUUUUGGAGAGCAUUACACUCUUGGGAUGGAGCUGCUACGAGGAGUUUACCGACAAGUACUCCCCGAGCUACAACUUUACUUCUCAACGUGUUGAUCUGACCAUCACUGUCAGCGAUUCAUUCUCUGAUCGCAAAAUCAGCCUGGACAUGGCUGAGCGUCAUGCUGCUCAGUGGCUGGACGCUGCCAUGCGUGACUGCGCCGAGGACAUUAGAAGUUUACUGAGCACAUAUAUCAUGCACCAAGAAGAGCAUGACUUCUCGUCAGAUCGAGGUCGCUUGUUGGCCAUUCAAUACGCUGUUCGCUCAAGUGCGCGAGAUCAGCCUUCACCAACGGAGCAGGUCCGUGACUCUUCAGAUGCGUUUGUCGGAGAGCUCUCUCUGAGACACCUGCAAAGUCUUGUUCCGGCACGAACUUCAGAGCCAGAACAGAAACUGCCUAGUUCUCGCCAGCUGCUGGAGAAAAGUCGUCGAAGGAGUUUCAUCUCCUCGACAGAGCUCAAGGAAAAGCUUGGCUUCUGCGUUGCACGCAUAUUGGACGGCGCUGCAGACACCAAUCGCCUGCUCAUGCUGCUUGUGGAGGUGCCCUUCAAUAUCUUUAGCAUUCCAGUCGUCAGAAUCGCCGCUUCUUUGUGGGCUCGCGUCGCUACAGCGUGCCCGCACUUGCAACCGACAUUGUUGGCCGAGAUUGACUGCUGCUGGGGUCGGACGUUGGCUGAAGGACGCGGCAUCUUUUCUGCUAAAUUCAACAGCAGGGACCCAUUUGCACAUGUCAUGGAGUAUGCACCGACCGACAAGGACUCGAUCAGAAUGGCGGUCAAGGCGACCGAGCAGGCUUUUGAACCGCAUCUCAUCAUCAUCCAAUUCCUCGCCAGCCGCGUUUCCGGGCCGGGCAGCACCGACACCGAGGGUCAAAAGAUCCUUGUACGCCUCAUCCGCACCACUUUGCGCGCUUUGAUGACAAAUCGCGCUUCAAUGCACAUCUUUUGCUUUGAGCCGAUCCUUCGCCUUGUCAUCAUUGGCUUCAAGCUCAAAUCUAAUUUACGCGCCCUUGGGCUUGGCGUUCUUAGUGAGGCGUUUGAGAAAUGCCUCUACGACUCUAGUUUGUUCAUCUUUGCUGCUCCACCGCGCUGGUCAUUUGGCAGUGAUGUUGGCCGACUGCGAAAGGAUAGUCUCCUUUGCAACAUCCUUAAUGAGCAAAUUCGUCGGGACAAGCCUGCCGAAGCACUAAUUGGCAAGCGAGAACUUAUUCAAUUGCUCCUCAAAAGCGAUAUUGCCAAGAAUGAACUCUGGCUUGAUCCGCUCUCCAAAACCAAGCCACAUGCUGUCGAGACUAGUCAGGUUCUUGCCUUGCUGCCAGUGGCAUGGGACCACAGCUGCGCCCUGGCAUUGUCCAUGGCGCAACGUUUCUCAAGCCCAGCAAUCCGCAGUGCCGUUCGUGCAUUAAUCAUCAAACAGCCAAGGCGCGUCGUGGGCCACGCUCAUGCUGCCGAGUAUCUGCUUGGCACAGAAUUAUCAGAUGACACCAGAGUUGUGCUCAAAUACCUUGUGUAUUGGUCGCCAGCAGUGCCCAUUUCGGCCAUUACCUACUUCCUGCCGGCCUUCAAGAUGCAUCCGCUAGUUUUGCAAUACGCGGUGCGGUCGCUAGAGUCACAUCCUGUCGAAGUCACCUUCUUCUAUGUGCCUCAAAUUGUGCAACUCCUUCGUCAUGAUGAAAAGGGCUAUGUUCGCCGAUUCAUUAUCGAGACGGCCAAGCUCUCACAACUCUUUGCGCACCAAAUUAUCUGGAACUUCAAUGCCAAUGCGUACAAGGAUGAAGAUGCGACCAUCGAGGAUGUCAUCAAGCCGGCGCUAGACCAAACCGCGGCAAUCAUGAUUCGCAACCUGUCUGGCAGUGACAAGGCCUUUUACGAAACGGAGUUUCGCUUCUUUGGCGAGGUCACCAGCAUUUCUGGCAAGCUCAAGCCGUACAUCAAAAAGCCAAAGCCAGAAAAGAAGGCCAAGAUUGACGAGGAGAUGGCAAAGAUCAAGGUCGAGGAAGGCGUUUACCUGCCUAGCAACCCUGACGGCGUUGUGGUUGGUAUUGAUCGCAAAUCUGGCAGGCCGCUGCAAUCUCAUGCAAAAGCACCCUUCAUGGCUACGUUCAAGAUUCGUCGAGAACGCAAGCAGGAAGAUCUGCUAGGGGAGACGAAGCUUGUUACGUUUGAAAAGAUGCAGUCUGCUAUUUUCAAGGUCGGUGACGACUGUCGCCAGGAUGUGUUGGCUAUUCAGCUCAUUGCAACAUUUCGUGGCAUUUUCAACAGCAUCGGUCUUGAUCUAUACGUCUUUCCCUACCGUGUCACUGCAACGGCGCCUGGAUGUGGUGUGAUUGAUGUGCUACCCAAUAGUAUAUCGCGCGACAUGUUGGGUCGCGAGGCUGUCAAUGGUCUGUAUGACUACUUCAUCACCUCAUUUGGCCAGCCCGACACAAUCGCCUUCCAGCAAGCGCGGAUGAACUUUGUCAAGAGCAUGGCUGCCUACUCGGUAAUUAGCUAUCUGCUGCAAUUCAAAGAUCGCCACAAUGGCAACAUCAUGUACGACAAUCAAGGCCAUGUCUUGCACAUUGACUUUGGCUUUUGCUUCGAUAUUGCGCCUGGUGGUAUCACGUUUGAGUCGGCGCCAUUUAAAUUUACGACGGAGAUGGUCGCGGUGAUGGGAGGCAGCGAGCACACGCAGUCCUACAAGAUGUUCCAGGAGCUGUGCAUCAAGGCCUUUCUGGUAUCUCGGCAAUACUCUGAAAAGAUUAUCCACUUGGUGACGCUGAUGCUCGAGUCUGGCUUGCCGUGCUUCAAGGGGCAGCAGACCAUCACCAACUUGCGAAACCGCUUUCACUUGGACGUGAGCGAGCCGCAGGCGAGCCAGGUCAUGCUAUCAUUGAUUGCCAAGUCGCAUGAGAACCAGCGGACGGUGGCGUAUGAUGUAUUUCAGAAGAUGACGAACGGCAUCCCCCACUAGGCCUCUAUGGCAAACUAGUGGUGACGACAUUGACCGGGACGCGAUUGCCAGUAGAUGCUCUGUCGGCACCGACAUUAUCUCACUGCUGCCGUGAGGAUGGUCUCGACAACGCCCAAAAAGGCCGCGGCCACGUCAACCAAGGUGACGCCUGUGAAGCGAAUCAAGGAG